AUGUGGCGAUUCAAGUUAAAAUCUACGUACACAUGUAUGAUAUGUGGAAUUAUUGUUAUUACGAGCAUAUUUUCAAACUUUUACUGCUACAAGACAGCAUCACUAGUAAUAAGGAUUAAUCAUGACGGUAGAUUACCCGUAGCAUAUAUAAUUACGGUUCCCGGCUAUGACCAACGAGUAACAAGUGUGAUUGAUGCUUUUAAACAGUAUGCUCAAAUCGAUCUUCGACGUUUCAAUGGCAUUCGAUUUUCUUAUGAAUCUCAUGUGAAAAAUGGAUCUCUAACAGUCGGAGAGCAGAGUCUAAGAGCGACAAUGACAAAGUUCUUCAAUAUGAUUAUUCGCAAGAAUUAUGAAAAGGUUUUUGUGUUUGAAGAUGAUGCAAUUCCGCAUCGUAAUUUUACCGUAUUGUUUAAACAGUUGCCUUCUCGUUGCCUGGAAGCCGAUGUUCUAUUGUUAGGAGCUACUAUAUGGCAUUCAAAGCAUACUGAUUGGCCUAGCGAAGCAUGUUUUGAUGCAGAUCGGGCUACAUUCGGUGCAUUUGCUCUCUUACUAAGAAGAAAAUCCUAUCGUCCGAUUCUUCACUGGUUAAAAUUUGGUAAACCAAAACCGUAUGAUCACGUUUAUCGCUACUUACAACAACAAAAACUUACUGUUCGAGUAGCAUUCCCUCCUUUUCUAGUAAUUCCAGAUGUUUCGCAUCUAUCUUUAAUCAAUAAUAAUCGAAGUGGUAUUCAAUUCGAUACGGAAAAACGAGCGGAACAGCAUCUUUGGCAUUUGAAAGACUAUCCAAUGACUCGGAUACCGAUUCAUUCCAUGAAGACCAAUCGAAGAAAAGAGUGA